CAGACGGGCCAACCUAGCAUCUUACUUUAUUCCCUAUGGUAUCAUUUACACAGUUUUCUAUUGCUUCGGUGUCAUUGGUGUUACGUUUACGGUAGUCUUGAAAUUUAGAAAAUUUAUUUGGAUAUAGUUUUUAGGUCACUUACCUUUGGAUGGUAGCUGAUACUGAACGACUAACCUACAUGCACAAUAUUUUUAGAGAAGAAUUGAAUCAAAAUGUUGAUGAGUUGAAUAUUAGUAUUGUGCUUUACAAUGUGAGUGCCUUACAGUCCUACCGCUCUAUUAUUACCUCCAUAGUUUAUUUUCAGUCAUCACGUGCAGAUUUUCUAUGGAAAUCUUGGUUUGCAAUACUAAUAUUAUCAUUGAUAUCUUUCAUUUCUUUGAUGAUAAAUUCAAUUUUCAGUAUUUCAAUCAUUACAAAACUGAAAAAUGAAAACUUGACAAUGAGUAAAAAUACAAAACGUCUGCAAAAACAACUGAUGAAAGCUCUAAUCACUCAAUCAACUAUUCCAAUUCUCGUAUGCUUCACACCAUGUCUAGUUUGUUGGUAUCUUCCAGUUUUUUGCUGUAUUUCUAUCGUUUUUCCCAGUUUUAGACCCACUCUCGUUAUUUUUCUUUUUGCCGAUAUUUGGAGUAAGGCUUCGAGAAAUUUUUGGAAUCAAACAGAAAAAAGGGAUUGUUCACGAAGAAUCCAGAAAAACGAUCAGCGUGUAUGCUAUUAAUUUCAACAUUUAA